GGUCUCGGUUAGAACGGUCUUCCUGGAGUCUAGCUCAAGUCUCUCCUGCUGCAGCUUCCGGGCUGACUGAGGAGGUCUGGGAGGAGGGGGCGCUCAAGAAGAGGCUGGAGUCAGGGACACCCCCUCCUUCCUACGCUGCGAGCGCCCAGACGACGGCGAGAUGACGGCUGGGAGCCCCGGAGACUGCGGGGAGGUGCGGAGGAGCCCCGAGGGCCGCGUCUCUCGCCUGGGCCGCCGCCUCGGCCGCCGCCGGCGCCCACGCUCGCCACCUGAGCCUCUGCGGGUGCGGGCGCGGCUGCGACUGCGCUCACCGUCGGGGGCUUUCGCGGCGCUGGGGGCGCUCGUGGUACUGGUGGGCAUGGGCAUCGCAGUGGCCGGCUACUGGCCGCACCGUGCCGGGGUUUCAGGGCCUCGAGCUGCGAAUGCCAGCGCGCCCCCCGUGAGCGAGCUGCGACGCGAGGGUCGUAGCGCCGGCCGGGCCCAUGGUCCGCACGAGCGGCUAAGGCUCCUUGGGCCGGUGGUCAUGGGCGUGGGCCUGUUCGUGUUCAUCUGCGCCAACACGCUGCUCUACGAGAACCGCGACUUGGAGACACGCCGGCUUCGCCAGGGCGUGCUGCGGGCUCAGGCGCUCCGGCCCCCCGACGGCCACGGCUGGGACUGCGCUCUUCUCCCCAGCCCGGGCCCCAGGACUCCCCGAACCAUAGGCUGCGCAGAGCCAGAAAGUUGGGACCUGUCCCCGUGUCGGGGAACUUCACCCGUCCCGUCAGUGCGGAGUCUGCGUUCAGAGCCUGCUAACCCUCGCUUGGGGUUACCUGCCCUGCUCAACAGUUACCCGCUGAAGGGCCCCGGACUACCCCCACCCUGGGGUCCUCGGACCCAGACUGGCCAUGUGAUUAUCACCGUGCAGCCCUCUGGUUCCUGCAUCGAACAUUCCAAGUCUCUGGACCUGGGCCUUGGGGAGCUCCUGCUUGGGGCCCCAGUAACUCGGGACUGUGCUCACCGAAGCUGGCCACGGCUGGACCGCCUCAGUCUGGGGGGUUAUGCCAAGCUGGGAGGAGGAGGGGACUUGGGGGCCCAGGUUUGAGCAGGGACAGCCUGCUGUGAGGCUACAGCAUGGACUGUUGUAACAGGACCAGAAGUCCCAGUGUCCACUAGAUGUUUCAGUCACAUACCAGACUGGGGAUGGAUGCUCUGGUCCCAGCAGCUGCUAUGGCAUCCUGGUUUGCAUGUCGGCGGAGAAAUGCCAACUGCACGAGGAUUCAGUAAGCUGGAGAGAAUGUGUUUUAAUGUGGAGUCUAGAGACCAGCAUGACGUGGCCUCAGGAAUUCCUUCAGCCUCCAAAUGUGGCCUUAGCCCUGACCAGGUACCUGACUGGGGCCGGGGGUUCAGGCCAGGGUGAUUGAGAGAUGCACCUGCUGUCUUGGCAAAACCCAAACUGGUGGGCAAGGACCCCUAAGACUUGGAAAGUGGGCUGGGAUGUUACUGGCUAGGACAGGUUCCCUCCAAGGUGUCACUGGUGAUGGGGUUUGGGCCUCCAGUGGACAAUGGGAUAGAGCUGAGACCUUCCACUGCCAUCUGGGAAGGGGACUGAGCCUGUAACUCCUACCACCUCAACCCCUUUCUGCCCUAAGCCAUGCAGGGUACCACCCAUUAGGGCUACACUACUGCCAAUGCCUCCACACCGAGGGUCUGGCCCUUCUUCCCAACGGGUCUGAGAAGCCCCUUCUCUCCUCUGUUGUGGCCUGUGCUGCAAAAGCUCCCUCCAGUUGACAAAGAGCAUUUGCCAGUUUUCAAAGAUCUUUUAUAAGAUAUUAAAGCUGCAUUUUGGCCAAUGUGGGUAGCUUAGGUUAGAAAAUGGUUUGAAUGUGGUUCUCCCCCAUGUUUAAUCUUUCUCCUGGUAAGGGAAGAGAGCUUUAAAAGUCAAUCAAUCCUCACAGUCUGUUUUUUUCUUUUUAAGUUUAUUGAAAAAUGCAAUACAAGAAGCAAGACCAAACACAUAUCUAAGUACUACAACCACUUCUCUUACUACAAAAGGCCAAAACAGCAGACUGAAUUAUUGCCUAUUUAAUCUUAAGGAUUUUGCCAAUUUGAUUCUGCUGCCAUAGUUCCUAUUUUGUUAAGAAAUGUAAACAACUACUUGAUAUGAUCCAUGAUUUUUAAAAAAUUUACAAAGCUCCUUCAUUUUUGUCACCAAAAUAAUACGUUUGAGAGAGAUUUGUAAAAACAACCAGCCUGGGGCUGAGACCCUGGGAGGUAUCUCCCAUAGCCACUCCUUGGUGUUGGUCAGGCCACAGCCCUGGCUUCAUUUCCCAAGGUGAACUGCUGUCCCCUCACUUAGCUGCCCUACAGAACAGACAGUGGGGGCCUAGAGGGGGCCUGGGGGCUAGGUUCUGUGGGCCCUCAAUUUAUACAUUCAGAUCCUGCUUUGUGGGUGGGUUGGGUGGCAGAGACCUCAUGUGGCUUAGAGGAAGUCUUUAUUUCUCAAGUGAAAUAAAAAUAAAAUUGCAGCAAGA